AUGGCACAGCUGAUCGACUCCCCGCACGCGGAGAUGAAGCGAAUACUCGACGUCCAGAAGAAGGCGUUCAUCGCCAACGGCGCGCCGUCGACGCAGGAGCGCAUCCGGCGCAUCGACGUCGCCAUCAAGCUGCUCCUCGACAACGCGGACGCGCUCUGCGCCGCCGUCGACGAGGACUUUGGCGGGCGGCCCGUCAAGUUCACGAAGUUCGUCGACGUCGCGACGGUCGUCGACGGGCUGAAGAACGCGCGCGCGCACGUCGCCAAGUGGUCGGCGCCGCACCGCCGCGGCGUCGAGUUCCCGAUGAACCUCGCGGGCGCGUCGAACGCCGUCGAGUACGUGCCCAAGGGCGUCGUCGGCGUCAUCUCGCCCUGGAACUACCCCGUGUCGCUCCUCUUCAACCCGCUCGCGGGCAUCUUCGCCGCGGGCAACUCGGCGAUGCUCAAGCCGUCCGAGUUCGUGCCCAAGACCGCGGAGCUCGUGCGGAAGCUCGUCGCCGAGGCCUACGACGAGAGCGUCUGUUGCGUGGUCACGGGCCACGCGGACGUCGCCGCGACGUUUAGCAGCCUGCCCUUCGACCACCUCAUGUACACGGGGUCGACGCGCGUCGGCAAGAUCGUCGCCCGGGCCGCGGCGGAGAACCUCGUGCCCUGCACGCUGGAGCUGGGCGGCAAGUGCCCCGUCAUCGUCGGCGCGUCCACGGACCUGAACGUGACGGCCAUGCGCGCGCGCGCCGCGUCCUUCGGCGCCGUCAUGAACGCGGGGCAGACGUGCAUCGCGCCGGACGUCGUCUUCGUGCCCGCGGCGCUGAAGCAGCCCUUCGCCGACGCCUUCAAGGCGGCCGUCGCCGACAUGUUCCCGGCGGGCGUCGCGCAGUCCGGCGACUACACGUCCGUCAUCUCCGACGCGCACUACGAGCGCGCGACGGGGCUCGUGGCCGAGGCCGAGGCCGCGGGCGUCGAGGUGCUCGUCUGCCCCGGCGGCGACGCCGCCGCCACGGGCGGCGACGAGGAGUCCAAGGCCGGCGCGUACCCGCGCCGCAUGGCCCCGACGCUCGUCUUCGACCCGGCGGACGACCUCAAGAUCAGCGGCGAGGAGAUCUUCGGCCCGCCCAUGGUCGUCCGCACCUACGACGCCGUCGAGGACGCCGUCGCCUACGUCAACGCGCGGCCCCGGCCCCUGGCCUGCUACUACUUCGGCACGGACGCCGCCGAGGAGGCCAAGGUCCUGCCGCGGAUCACGGCCGGCGGCGUCUGCGUCAACGACGUCAUCAUGCACGUCGCGCAGGAGGACCUGCCCUUCGGCGGCGUCGGCGGCUCGGGCUACGGCUCCUACCACGGCCACGAGGGCUUCCUCGAGUUCUCGCACCACAAGGGCGUCCACCGCCAGGUCGCGACGGGCCGCCAGUUCCUCCUCCAGGGCAUCUACCCGCCCUACGACAAGAAGGGUUCCAUGCUCGACAUGAUCAUCGACAUGAAGCUCACGCCCGCGAAGGACUCCAAGCUCCCCUGCUGCAUCCUCUGA